AUGUCAACAGGAACCUUUGCGUGGAACUUCCCGAAUGUCGAGAUCAAGCUACCGGAAGGCCUCCCUGGCAAGCAGUUGCUCGACUUUAGGCCGUUUGACCAAUGGUGGAGGACUCUGUCCGAAUCGCUUCGAGGUCAGGACAACCCAACACAUCCAUUUCACGCUUCGCCAUACCGACUUGAGGCCAUUGAGAUUCAAAGCGUCGAUCACUUCGGAUCCCGCAUCGGCUUCAUCAAACUCAAAGCCACAAUGCGCAACGGCGAUGGCGAAAUAAUACCAGGCGCUGUCUUCAUGCGAGGCGGCAGUGUGGCUAUGCUUAUCAUCGUCUCAGAGGACGCAUCCGAAGCAGACGCCGAGUCGCAUGUCAUCCUCACAGUCCAGCCCCGCAUCCCAGCCGGUAGCCUCAGCUUCGUCGAGUUACCAGCCGGCAUGAUUGACGACUCAGGCACCUUCAGCGGCGCUGCAGCAAAGGAGAUCAAGGAAGAGACUGGUCUCGACAUUAAGGAAGACGAACUCAUCGACAUGACCCAACUAGCAAUCAAGCAACAGUCCGAAGAAGACAAGGACGGCGGUUGUGAAGUCCAUCUACAGGAAGGAUCAUAUCCCUCACCAGGCGGUUCCGACGAAUUCAUACCUCUCUUCGUCGUGCGCAAACAGAUGCCGAAGCAAGAGAUCGAGGCUCUGAGAGGCAAGCUGACGGGACUUCGUGAGCAUGGCGAGAAGAUCACGCUCAAGCUGGUACGGCUUGAGGAUGUGUGGAAGGUAGCGGCGAGAGAUGGGAAGACUCUUGCAGCUAUUGCAUUGUACGAGGCUCUCAAUCGUGAGGGCUUACUGUGA